AAUUUAUGUAUUAAUUGGUCUGAUUGUAAAUGAUUGUAUGAUAAUUAAAUGAUGCAUGAAAAUGCUAAACAACAGGAGUAAACACCUAAUCCAUUGCAAUCAGGUAACAAUUUGUUUAUGAUUUUUUGUUGCUUGGACACUGGACACUGGUCAAUGUUGUUACUUUCUCACUCAAACUCACUUGAUUUAUAUUUUUUCUUGAUGCAACACUAAUUGUAUUCAGUUUAAUAUUCACUUAAUUUAGUUAUUUUUUAUAUCCAUGUGAAGAUCAUUAUUAUGACCUUAAAUUGUCGGAUUGACCAACAAUUUGUGAUGAUCUUUAAGUUGAUUAAGUUAAUCUAUUGAUUGUGUUAAAUUUUAUUCUCAUUCUUGUUUCAUCAUCUUCUCAAUCAACCACAAUGUCCAUUGGAUCAGAUCGUGUAAAAGUGGCCGUUCGUGUCAGGCCAUUCAAUCAACGAGAGAAACAACGAAAUGCCAAAUGUAUUCUGGACAUGGAAUCGGGCACGACCGUUUUGUACAAUCCGAAUCAUCCUCGAGAAAUGCCCAAGAAAUUCACUUACGAUCACAGUUAUUGGUCUCAUGAUGGUUUCGUCGACAUCGAUGGUUCAAUCAGUCGAGCUGAUCUCAAUCAUCCCAAUGGCUCUAAAUAUGCUGAUCAGGAAAAAGUUUAUAAUGAUUUGGGUCGAUCGGUACUGACCAAUGCAAUGGACGGUUACAAUGCUGCUAUUUUCGCCUAUGGACAAACUGGAUCAGGCAAAUCUUACACUGUAAUAGGCUAUGGGGCUAACAAAGGAAUUGUGCCAAGACUGUGUUCAGAACUUUUCGACACGAUAACUCACCGAGCCAACGAUGGAACGCAAGUUGAGGUGACUCUUUCGAUGAUCGAAAUUUAUAAUGAAAUAGUUCGCGAUCUAUUGGGUGACCAAAGUAAUGUUCAGGCGAAUGCGAAAAAGAAAGGAUUAAAAGUUCGAGAGCAUCCAACUAAAGGAUUCUAUGCUGAAGGGCUUAAAAGUUUCUUGGUAACAUCUCGUAAGGACAUUGAGGACAAGAUCGACGAAGGGACAACUAACCGAUCGAUAGCAGCGACUAAUAUGAAUGAGACAAGUUCGAGAGCUCAUACAAUAGUUCAAAUUCAAAUUGUUCAACGGAAUCGAAGCUCAUCAGGCCAAGAAACUGCUAAAAAAUCAAUUAUCCAUUUAGUUGAUUUAGCUGGAAGCGAAAGGUUAUCAGGAACCAUGGCGGUUGGCGAUCGGUUGAAAGAAGGUGUAGCAAUUAAUCAAUCGCUGGCGUGUUUGGGUAAUUGUAUCUCAGCUUUAGCGGAAAAAUCAGCUGAGAAAAAUCUUCUAGUACCUUAUCGAGACUCAGUUUUAACUCGACUCCUUAUGAACGUUUUAUCGGGCAAUAGUAAGACCGUUAUGAUUGCAACAAUUAGUCCAGCCGAUAUUAGUUACGAUGAAACUUUAUCUACACUUCGUUAUGCUGAUCGAGCUAAACAUAUUAAGGUUCAUGCAACAAUUAAUGAAAGUUCAACGGAUAAAUUAAUACGACAAUUAAAGGAGGAAAAUGAAAGAUUAACAAAAGCAAUGGAGCGAGGUGUAGUUGAUUUAAAUUCUGGUUCUGGUGUAACUUUAUCUGAAAAAGAUCUUAAUGAUAUGAGAUUAAAAUAUGAAGAGGAAAUGAAAGCCUUGAUGUCAGAAAAUGAAAGACAAAUGAUUGAGAUUAAGAAAACAUAUGAAGAUAAAUUAGCGGAAAAGGAAGCACUCGAAGCCGAGGACUAUGUGGACGCCGAUCGGGAAAAGUUGGAGUCCGAGAAACGGGAUAAUCCUUAUUUGUCUAAUCUUAAUUUCGAUGAACAAUUAUGUGGAAAGAUAAUCUAUAUAAUUAGAAAUGGUGUCAAUAGUUUGGGCAAAAGUGAUAAUUGUUCAAUCAAACUCUAUGGUCCCUCAAUUCAGGAUCAUCAUGGACGCAUUUAUCGUAAGGAUAAUGACAUCGUUAUAUUGGAAAGGGCUGCGGACGAUUGUCGUAUAUUAUUAAAUGGAGACCCAGUAAUCAAUAAAGUUCAUCUUAAUCACAACGACAGGCUACUCUUUGGUACAACUCAGUUGUUUGUCUUUGUCCAUCCUGGUCAGCAAAAGAAAUCUAAGUUAUCAUUUGCUGAGGUCACUUUUGAACUUGCUCAAGAAGAGAUUGCAUCUAAGGCCGGGUUCGAUAUGUCUAAUGAUGACCAGUCCAUGGAAACCGCUCUGCUUAACAAAGAUUUACUUGAAUUAUUACCUACGAUUGAUGAAGCGAAUGCGAUUAGUAAUGAUUUGGGUAAAAAUGUCCGAUUCGAGAUCAUUUUGGUCUCGUCAGCAUUUCUCGCCAAAAAUAGUGACCGAACAGAGGUGAUGGUUAAGUUAAUCAACGAUGAACUUGGUCAAGAAUUUUUAUGGCCAAAAGAUAAAUUUGUUAAUCGAUUGUAUAUGAUGAAAGAGAUUUAUCAAAAUUAUGCCCAAGGCGAUGAAAACUGGAACCCAUCACCGGACAAAGAUCCAUUUCUUGAAGAUCCAAAGACGGAAGUUCUGAUUGGAAUAGUUCAGGUUUAUCUUCAGCCAUUAGCAUUUCUGGUUGAACUGAAAGAACAAUUGGAAAUUCUUGAUUUUAAAGGAGCUGAAAUUGGAAUAAUUAACAUAGAAAUCGUUCCAUGCACUUCAGAUGGAAGAGAAUUAAGUGAAUUGGAUGAUGCUUAUGUCGAUACUCCUUCAGAACUAAUCGGUAAAGAUGUUUGCUUCGUAUUCAAGAUCCACGGAUGUCGAGGUCUUCCCCCAAGAUUCACGGAUGUUUAUUGUAAAUACAGAAUUUUUCUAGACGAAGAAGAUUCUACAACGGAGAUAAUCUCUGACACCUCUAAUCCCGAUUUUAAUCAUCGUAAAAUGUUUACCUUUUCACCGGCAACAAAAGCGCUAAUCGAUUACCUGAAAGAGGGAUUUGUGUUAAUCCAAAUAUGGGGAAGACAGUUGGCUAAACGGUCAAACAGUAAUCAAUCAGGAAGAUUAACUAAACAAAUGAUGCAAGAUGAUUUACUCAAUCAAGCCAACAAUUUAAUGCAAGGAUUUAAAAUGAACGGACGAAAUGUUGAUCCCAAUAAGCAAAGUAUUAUCGUUGAAUUGUUGUUAAUGAAGAAACAACAAGCUCGACAACAACAGAGGAUCGAAAAUAUCAGAAAAUUGGUUGAGAUUUUUGAACAAUAUGGUCGACCCAAAAUUCCCGUUCAACUGGUUAAGGAAUUGAUUUCAGCAGCAAAUCCAGACAGUGCUCAGCACAUAAUAAACAAAGUUGGCUUAGAUAUUGAUUAUGGGGAAGAAUCAACAAAAUCAACAACUUGUACAAUUUUAUGAAAUUAUUUAUUUAAUUCACUCAUUUAAUACUCAUUGUAAAUUGAUUGUCUUUGUUGUUCAAUGUUAAUUUUUAAUUGUAAUAUAAAUAACAAAAUCAAUUGUGCCAUUUGAUUAACAUGAUCAGUUAAAAGCAAAUUAAAUUAUUGAUGAUCAA